AUGAAGAUGCAACAUAUCGUUUUAUUGCUGUGUCUUUUUAUCCCUCUCUUGUCACGAAAUUGUUUUGGAGUGGUGAAGUCAGAGAGCAAUGAAAUCGGAAAAUUGUUAAAGAACGGACAACCAGUCCUGUUUGAUGUAACGCUACCUUGCAUUGAGAAAGCAACAAAGAAAAUCGUUGAGCCAGCCGAUAGAAUAAAACAGUUAUUCGCUUUUGCAACUUGCCAAAUCAGUAAUUCAGCUUCAGGUAGUGAACCUCCAAGGGUAAUGGUGCACGACGAUAACGAGGAGAAUGUUAAUAUCGGAACGUCUGCUCCUGCCACAGACCUACGGUUCCGAGCCAUGUUGCUCUACCAAUUUCCAAAUACAGUCUCGUACAUGAUUCUCGAUCCGCAAAAAGGUCACUGGUUUUUUACCGCCGAACUCUCUGGAUGUGAUAUUUUUAUUGCUACGAAAGCUUCUCAACCUAAUAUGCCAAUGGUCUUCCACGCAAACUUGGACGAGCUAUAUAAGACAGAACAACAAGUUGAUAAUUUAAGGUGGAAAGGCGAUAAGGUAGAUCAAAUUCUUGGCGCGUUCCAGAUGAAUUACGUCUUGAAAGUGCGUAUCCACAUUACACCAGAAAAGCCUAUUCCCUCAAACUAUGACCAGUAUUGGAACGUUUAUAAAACUACCCAUCCCAUUGUAAAAGUUUACCGCUAUGUCUAUAACGAUGCACUAACGUUUCCACAGACUCAGUUCUACGGAUAUUACGAAAAUGGUUGGAAAUUUUUCCUCAAAGCGAAACAAAACGGCGUAAAGUCAGAUAUUCCUGUCUGA